AUGAAUAGAGUAUUAAAAUUAAAUAUGUUAAAAAACCCUUUAAAAUUAGCUUAUUCUUUGGGAUUAGGACAAACAUCUCAAAAAACACUUAUUUCUGAUAAUAUUUUUGAAAGAAAAUUAUUUACGACACCUUUGUGUGAAGGAAAAGUUAAAAAAUUGAGAAGAGAAAAAGAAAAUCAAGCUAUUAAAGAAAUAAUUUCUAAUUUACAAGAGAAUGAAGAUGAGGAAAGAGUUGAGUUUGAUGAUGGAUUACCAAAAGAUUACAAAGAUUUAUCAGUUCAUAUUGGAAGUAGAAGAAUUGAUACUUUGAUUCAUCGAGGGAAAGUUAAAGUUAACGAUGAAUUUUUAAAAAAAAAGUCAUAUAAUGUUGAAAAAGGUGACGUAAUAGAUGUUUUUUUGCAAACGUAUCCUGAAAACAGUGAAUUGGCACAAAUCAGUAGAAUUUGUGUAAAAGACUAUUUACUUGAAGAAAAUGGUUAUUGUAUUGAAGUUAAAUUAUGGAGAAAUAUGUUAGUUGAAAAGUGGAAAAAAGAGUUUUAA